AUGGAGCCAAGAGCACGCGCCGGCAAAAAUGUCGGGAAGAUGAACUUUGGCAAUGCCGAGUUAUCUUCCCUCCUCUACGGCUGCGGCGACGUGCGACAACCACUCCCCGAGACGAUCAAAGUCAUGGACGAGAUAGCAACGGAGUUCAUCCAGGGCCUCUCAUUCGAGGCGACGCGCGUGGCGCAGUAUUCUGGCCGCCAAAAGGUCAAGUACCAGGACUUUGAGUUCGCCUUCCGCCGCAACCCGCUGCACCUGGGCAAGGUGCAGGAGAUGUUUGAGCUCAAGAAGCAGGUCACGGAGGCGCGUAAGAUGCCGGGGAUAGACGACGAUUCGCUUCUCAAGGAGGCGAAGCAGCUCGCGGGCGAAGUCGACGCCAGCACGACUGGCCGCGGAGGCAAGAAGCGCAAGAUCGCAGCUGUGCAGGAGGAGGAGGAGCUCGGAGAGGGCGACGACGACGUUCUGGACGAGCCGGAGACUGUUGGGAAGAAGCGCUAG